AUGGAGUCAUGGCUAUCCUGGACUAGCCUCUUUCUGGCUAUCGGCAAUACUGCCAUAGCCUGCAUAUUUACGCUCAUUGUCCUCAUCUACGCUCUCGCCAAAUCACAAAACAGCCAAGUCCCCAAAUGGCGCCCACGAAACUCCCCGGUUCAUCUUCUAGUCGUCCUCGGUAGCGGCGGCCACACAGCCGAGAUGUUCUCUAUGCUCCGGCGCAUGAACCUAGAUCCGUCCAAAUACACCCAUCGAACCUACAUCGUAAGCUCUGGGGACAAUUUCAGCGCGACGAAAGCUGUUGAGUUCGAAACAACCCAUAUAAACCAUCAUGUCAAUUCCAAUGCCAAAACCGCAUCACCAGAACCCUCCUACACUAUCGUCACGGUACCCCGCGCCCGUCGCGUACACCAAUCCUACCUGACUGCGCCUUUCUCCACACUGAACUCCUUCUGGUCCUGUCUCUCGGUCUUGCGUGGUCUUCAUCCGGACCAGAGCCGGCAUUCUCGCCCAGCAUCGCAUCUAUCCCCUCCAUACCCGGACCUCAUUCUCACCAAUGGCCCUGCCACCGCGGUCUGCGUCAUCGUUGCUGCCCGGCUACUUCGUCUAUGGCUGUUCUUGUGCGGGCUCUUUUCUCCUUCUGCGCCCGGAAGAAGAACGUCAGAAAGUGACUCUGCAACCGUGCCAGUGCCGGGUACCUACCAGCUGCGCACAAUCUUCGUAGAAUCGUGGGCUCGCGUGACUACAUUGAGCCUGUCGGGAAAGCUCCUGUUGCCUCUGACCGAUCGAUUUCUGGUCCAGUGGCCCGCAUUAGCAGGGAAGAAGGCGUGGCCAGGAAUGAAGGAGACAGAAUACGUGGGUACACUUAUGGAUUGA